AUACCACCUCUGACAUUUAAGACUUAAAAAUAUAUAAGCAGUUGUUUUUAUGAAGGCCAAGCUGACUUUCAGAAAAAUCUGGGAUCCCUGACAGAAACAUUCCACAUUCCUGGGCAACACACACACACACACAUACACACACACACAAUCCGGAGGGGAAGGGAGGGAGACGAAGAGGAAGGAGAGAAACUGCCACAGAGUGAGCUAACUCAACCAGUGUUGAGUCACUUCUUACUUAGCGUUUUACCAACAAACAGGUUUAAAGGAGCUGCGUGGAUCUCAACAGGAGCAGAGAAGUCUGGCUACUAGAUUUGCCUGUUUUUGCUCCAUUCAUGCCAGGAAAACAGCUACAAAAAACAGGUACAAGAACUUUUCCUACUGUUUACAUCCAAGGCAAAUGACUCACAGGUCCAGAAUGGCUCCAAAUGUAUUCAGCUGAUAUCAAAACAAUAAAUGGGAUUCCAGCUCAGAAGUAGAAAGCAGUGGAUCCAUGCUUCAAGUUUUAUUUCUAACCAUUUAAAAAUAUUUUCAGCAUUUAUAUUCGCUUUAAAUGCUUUAAAGCCUGGACUUUAAAAAUAUAUUUAUUAAAAAAGUGUUUUUUUCUAACUGAACACUAUUGGCUAAUGACAUUACAACAACGACAUGUAAUCUGUUUUUAUGCUAAUAAUUAUAUAAGAAAAUCACAGCAACAAAGAAAUAAAUUGAACUUCAACAUCUGUAGAUCUCCCACCAAGGGGCAGUAGACAUAUGACUGGAUGGUUUCUGAUCAAGGUACUAAUCCUGGUACUCCAUCUGCAUGCUUUAAGGCCAGGAGCAGUUUGAGGAGAUUUUACACCUUUAGUCCACAAGAGGAUGAAUCUGACUACAUUCAUCACAAUGAUUUGGAAUUUGAUUCACAUCAGUGCUCUUUUUGCUGGAGCUCUCUCAUCCCCCACGCCACCUUUACCUCCCACCUUUGCAACUGGAGACCAUGGACCAUGUCAGAUCUUGAACUUUGGCCGGUCUGCAGACUGUGGAGGCAGACAACUCAACAGUGUCCUUCAUAAAUGGUUCCCAGACACAGUUGAAAACAUAGAUCUCUCUUCCAACAGCCUCAACGCUAUCCAUGCUGCUGACUUCCAGCACCUCCCUCGUCUUCGCACCCUUCAACUGCAGUACAACAACAUUUCACACAUUGACGAUGAUGCCUUUAAAAACAAUACACUGCUGGAGUAUCUCAACAUAUUUAAUAACUCUCUGCAGGUAAUUCCCACAAUGGCUUUGGCAUCCCUUUUGAAUCUGAAGCAACUUUACAUGUCCAAUAACCUUUACAAACACGCCACAUUAGCAGACAGUUUCUCUAAGUUAGCCAACCUUCAUACCUUGUCUAUGGGUGGUCCUCUGGUGAUGGGUCUGAAGAAAAAUGACUUCCAACCCCUGAAAAGCAUAAAACUACAAAGCUUUGCCAUCAAAUGUUCUUCCAAUCUGAGCUUCUACGAGCCAGGAAGUUUAAAAGUGAUUCAGACAAAGAAGAUGAACUUUGAUAUGGCCAUAGACCAACGUCCUGGUGCCCUCCAUCACAUGCUGGGUGACCUUGCCAACAAGACAUUCACAGCCAUUACCUUUCGUAACCUCUUUGAAUUCAUGUACUACUUGAAUGAGGAUGAUAUUUUCCAAGGUUUAAAGGAUAUUAAAGCCUAUCAGCUCAUCUUCCACCGAGGCAAAUUCAACGAGAAUCUCCUCAGGAUGGCAUUAGUGAACCUACAAGUGACUCCUAUUAAAUGGCUGAGACUUCAGUACAUUGACUUUGCCCGUUCACCAACGUUUGUUGAUAGUGGAGCCAGUUCCAGUAUAACAAACCUGGAGCUAGACAGGUUGGAUCUUUGGUACAUCAGUAACCCUGACGUGCUACGGUUUGACUGGCGCUUCACCUGGUUUAACAAGAUAAAGGAACUGUCUAUUCAGUAUGUGUAUUUUAACAGCGUGCCUUGUGACUCCUGGGCCGAGAUGGAAGGUGUGAGGUUGCUGGACGUUUCCAACAAUCGAUUGGUUGAUAAUGUUUUUUACAACAAGCGAUGUGAUUACCAGGGCACCAUGCCAAACCUACAGAUAUUCAACCUGAGUAAGAACGAUUUGACCAGCUUGAGAGAAUUGUCUUUUCUAACUGGGGAAUUCAGAAAACUGGAGGUGUUAGACCUUAGCAACAACAAACUGGGAUCUGCCGAAGACAGCACUGGUUGUGUUUGGAAACAAAAUAUCACUCGCUUCGUUGCCCAUCACAAUGAAUUUGUGAGCGAAGCCCUUAGUUGUCUUCCCACUACGUUGCAAUACUUAGAUCUGACUUACUGCAGCCUGGACCAACUGGACAUGACGUACUUUAAGAAAGCCAUUGAUCUCAAGCAUCUCCUGCUGAGUGGAAAUAAAAUCAAGUUCAUCCCAUCAAAAUGGAAGAGUCCAUCUCUUCAGUUUCUUACACUGGAUGGAAAUUCCUUUGGCCUCAUUAACAAAGCGUCUUUCCAAGACAUGCCUCAGUUGUCUCAGCUUAGAGCAGGAAACAAUCCGUAUCACUGCACUUGUGAGCUUCAUGCUUUCAUCCAGGACACGCUGUCCACAGAAAAAUUCAACCUUACAGACUGGCCUUUGAAUUACAAGUGUUACCACCCUGAACCCUUCCUCAACACAGUGAUAGCAAAAUACCUUCCUGGUGAGGUAGCAUGUGACAUCAGACUAGUGAUCAUCAUCAGUGUAGUGACUACUGCCUCAGUGAUCUUAAUACUUGUACUAAUUUGCUAUAUUUUUGACCUCCCAUGGUACACUAAAGCCACAUAUCAGAUUAUCAGGGCAAAAUACCGAGCUCACAAGGAAAACGCUGCAGGGGACGUGGAGACCUUUGCCUACCAUGCCUUCAUCUCUUAUAGCCACUCAGAUGCGGACUGGGUGAGGGACCAGCUCUUGCCCUGCUUGGAGAACAACAGAAACCCUUAUCGACUGUGUAUUCAUGAGCGGGACUUUAUGCCAGGACGAUGGAUCAUUGAUAACAUCAUCGAAAACAUUGAAAACAGUCGCAAGGUAAUUUUUGUCCUUUCACGGCACUUCGUCAACAGCGAAUGGUGCAAUUAUGAGCUGUACUUUGCCCAGCAAAGAGCAAUGGGAAAGACUUUCAGCGAUGUCAUCCUGGUGGUGAAGGAGCCCAUUGAUCCAAACUCAUUACCCAGCAAAUACUGCAAGCUUAAGAAGAUGCUGAGCACAAAGACGUACCUUGAGUGGCCCCAGCAGAUCAACCAGCAGCCUUUUUUCUGGGCACAGCUGCGGAGCGUUCUGGGAAAACCCACAAUGACACACAGGAGGACGCACAGUGUAAGGAGCAAGAGCUCAACAGGGGAAGUUUCUGUGGUCGAGAUUCCAGUGGCGGAUCGGAGGCCAGAGGUGGCCAUACCUGGAGAAGACAACAAAGUGGAAAUUAGAAAGAGGGACUGUAUUGAGCUGCAGAGUGUAGUGGGCAACACAUACUUUCAACUCCCUCUACAGACUGUCUAUUGGAUUGAGGUCUGGAGACUGGCUAGGCCACUCCAGAACCUUCAAAUCGCCCAGGCGGUGUGUUUGUGGUCAUCUUCGCUCUCACUGAUGGAAGGAGCCCCGAACCAUUAUGCCCCAACACCCACCCCCUUCUUCACAGCGGGUGUGAGCUCUAUUUUGGUGUUAUCUGACCACAUGACAUUCUCCAAAUUCUACGAGCUCAUCCCGGUCUUGUGUAGGACUGGUGCCAUUAAAACAGGUAACAAGAGGAGAAUAGAAGAACUUCAUAAUGAAGGAAUAACAGUAUUUGCCUUGCAGUGCAAGCUACAAAGCUCUAUGUUUAUAUCAGCAAAAAGCAUGAUCAUGUCAUACCAAGACACAAUGUUGCUGACUACAAUGACCCCUCUGCAAGAAGCCAUGGAAAACCUGAUCAAGGUUUUCUAUCGCUACUCAGGAAAGGAGGGGGACAAGUAUAAGCUGAACAAGAAAGAAAUGAGGAAUAUGUUGCAGGAGGAGCUGGCUGAAUUUCUCACAGGCUCUAAUGAUUCUGCUGUGGUUGAGAAUAUUAUGAGAGAUCUGGAUGAAAACAAGGAUGGAGAGGUGGACUUCCAGGAGUUUGUGGUUCUGGUUGCUGCACUGACUGUUGCCUGCAAUGAUUUCUUCAUGGACAGCAUGAAGAGAUGUCCUACAUCAGAGUAGCGCUCCACAAGAGACUGAGAAUUUAUUCAGAUUUUCAGUGAAGUUAAUCUUUAAGUCUCAAAAGAAUGUUUAAAUAAAAUAAAAUGUAACAUUAACAUAUGCAUGCCCCUUAACAUUAAACUACUGCAAUAUUA